AUAUUUUCCGAAAAGGUAGCAAGGACAAUGCCAGGUAGGCUCGGAUUAGUCCGGAGCAAGGCCUUCGCAGCCGAACCUCCAGGUUCAGACAAUGCAGCUGGAGACAGCCUGUCAGCAACCAAGUGCCCACUCCCUCAAUUUCUAGUCCUCUACCGUUCUCGCCCUUCUCUCUGUCUCUCUCUCUCUCCAAAUUUCUCUGUUUCUGGUUCUUUUCUCUUCUUCAUUUAGGGUUUUUGGAUCUCCUUCCCCGUCUCUCAGAUUCGCUGUUGGUGCUUGGCGGAUCAAGAUUCUCCGCUUUUCAAGCUUUCGUUUGAUCUGCGUUUGCCUCCAAUUCGACGCUGCUUUCACCUAUGAUUCUCCGGAAUUAGGGUUCUUUUUCCUUUUUCCGGAACGGCUUCAGAUCCAUGUGAAGGUGUAGCAGGAGUCCUCCAGCAGUUUUUUGGAAACUGGUCCUUUAAUUGUCAAUUUUCUUGAGAAGGAAGCAUUUUGCCCGGAGACUUUCUGUAUCCAUGCUGGUAGAGAGCAUGCGUGGAAUCUGUGAUCUGGGUGAUGCCCCUGACGAGUUCUGCUGCCGAUGCAUUCGGUGUGGUUACCAUUUGUCUAGUAGCUGCGUUGUUCCUUCUUGGCUUUCUCUGCAUCCUCUACUCAUUUUAUUUUCGCUCUCGAAUCCAUAGCCAACGCUUUAUUCAACUCAGCUAUUUUAGUGGUCCUUGGAUCAUCCGAAUUACAUUCAUCUUGUUUGCAAUCUGGUGGGGUUUUGGAGAGAUUCUUCGGUUAAGUUUGUUGAGACGUGAGGGUAGAGUAUUGAAUGCUCUUAGUUUGAAAUGGCAGGAGACUGUUUGCAAAUACUACAUCGUUUCAAAUCUAGGGUUUGCAGAACCUUGCCUGUUCCUCACCCUCAUCUUUCUCCUUCGUGCACCAUUACAAAAGAUGGAGUCGGGGACUUUAAGUCGAAAAUGGAAUGGAAAAACAGCAGGCUAUGUACUUCUCUAUUGCCUCCCAGUCUUUGUUCUUCAGCUCCUUGUGGUUUUAAUUGGGCCCAACUUAAACAGGGAUGAGAACGAUGUACGUAAGUUGCCACAUUAUUUCACAACCACAGCUACUGCUUCCCAGACAAAUGGCCAAGAUGAUAUUGCCUUCUGCACCUACCCUUUAUUGAGCACUAUCCUCCUUGGUGUUUUUGCCACUCUCCUAAUUAUGUACUUGUUUUGGCUUGGGAGGCGGAUACUAAACAUGGUCAUCAAUAAGAAUUUGCAGAAGAGAGUCUAUACGUUGAUAUUUUCAGUUUCAGGUUUCCUGCCAUUAAGGGUUCUUUUGCUGGGUUUAUCUGUUCUCUCUAGGCCAGAGCAUUUUCCAUUUGAAGCUCUUGCAUUUUGUGCCUUUCUUGCCCUUCUUUGUUGUGCUGUGGUGGGUAUUUGCAUGCUUGUCUACUGCCCAGUGGCAGACUCACUAGCACUAAGGAAUCUGAUGGAUUUGGAGGCUAGGAGGAGGAUUAAUGAUGAUCACAAUGACACCAUUUCUCUCGUGGCCAACCAGAGCCUUAAUGAAGAAAGCACGGGGAUAAGCCUUGAGAGGAACUCUGAUGCCUCAACAAAGCGUGGAUCAAUUUCUUUUCGGGCUAUGGGAAGGGAUGAACCAUCAACGGAUACAUUUGUUGAACUGAGCGUCUUCUCUCCCGGUAGGCAUGCGACUCCUCCAGGCUCACCUCAAUUUCUUGGCUGGUCUCCUACACAGAUUAAUGGGCCGUAGCAAUGGACCAAGUGCUUUUCGUGAAAAUCAGUUGUGGUAAAGAAGUGUUUUUUGUAAAGGAUUUUAGUUUCAAUAAGGAAGGAUCUUUAUUUCUUUUUCUUUUUCUUUUUUUUUUUUUACUUUUUUGUGGGUCCCUCGUAAUUAGAUGCAAUGCAAUGGGUCUUACCUGCUCUCCGCCUGAUUUUCUUUGGUGGAAUUCAUGGUCUGUAUUUUCCUUUCCUGGUCUAUUUCUAUAACCAUUCACAGUUUGCAUCCCA